AUGGACGGCCCCCCGCAGCUGCCGCCUCUACAAAUCCCGCCAUCUUCGCCGCUCUCAUCUACGGUCCACUUUGAGGCACCCAAUUUGCGCAAGUCCAUCUCGAUCGGCUCCUUCGCCACGAAUAGGCAGGCUGCAAGGCCGUCCGCAUCAUCCUCGCAUGCCGGUGCCAUGCAUAGUCCUGCGAACCCAGAGCCCAGUAGGACGUCCUCUAGGCCCGGCGCACAGACAGCCUUUGUCGGUGGAUGGUACGACAGGGACCGCGCGUUGCAGCAUCUACACAAUACCAGUGGCAACAACACAGCGCCAAUCUCGACUUCGGCGGAUGACGACCUGAACUAUAUACAGUCUGUCCCCACCUCCGGUUCGGCGUCCGAAGCGCGACCAAACAGCGCGACGGGGGCCCAACGCGCGAGUCAGCAACUCUGGUUACCCGAGCGGUUGAACACGCUCAAGAAGCCAAGUAGUACUGUCAGCUUGACAUCUGCGACCUCCUCUAGCGAACAGUCGGCGCGACUAACCCCACUCUUGUCGCAAUCCGUCUCCGGCAAGCCCAGUGCUGUGAGUCUAGCGUCGUCAAGCACAGGUCGCUUCAGAAGCGGCAGCCUCGACCAAAUCGCGGGGAGAGCUGCCAUCGCGCGUAAAGAUGCUCAGCGCGAGCCCAAAAUCUCACACCUUCGCCAAUCAUCCUCCCCAGAAGUUUGCGUGGCGGUGGUCGGCGUCUCACAAUGUGGGAAAUCGACAUUCAUUCGCAAAGCCCUGAAGCCGUACUCCAUUAGCCUGGGCAGUGCCUCGUCUUCAGGGAGCACGUCUUCUCAUGCCCCAUUCCCAUAUAUCUCACAUACUGCCGUACUGUCAAAGUAUCCUCAGGGUGUAUCGGAGAGGAUCAUCCGAGUCAUGGAGAUUAACGCUUCCGCACUGAACUCUCUAUCAUCUCCGGAGACCUCCGUCUGGCCGUCAGAUGCUCCACGAGUCGACGGCGUCAUCCUGGCUUACGAUGCAUCGGACAUGGCCUCCUUCAGACCCAUACCGCAAUUGCUCGCUGGCUUCGGGAAGAUGCGGCUUCCAUUGGUUGUCGUUGCCUGCAAGACCGAGCUGCAAGGCGAGCAUCGCGUGGCGUCAGAAGAAGCCAAUGAUAUUGCGCGACAAUACGACACCGGUCUCGUCGAGGUCAACGCGAUCACAGACGAAGGAAAAGAGCGUAUACGCCUUGCCUUCGAUUGGCUGGUCAAAUCCAUCCUUCGCACCCGGCGCUCGACAUCCGUGGCGCAAGGCGAUGGCUACCGUAACCCGGCGUCUCCAGACGUCCUUGCUGCAUCUCCGCCAUGGGAGCGUGUCCGUUCGGAAGCAUCGACGCCAACACCAGCCACGCUUGCCUCCACUCCUCGUCAGACUUCGCCAGCCCCAGAUGCGCCAAGCCUGCAGCGACAGCAAGAGCUGUCGGCUCAUACUCCAAUACCUCCUCUACGAACGCCUACUACACCGAGACCGCUAUCACCAAUGCGGGCUCGUUCCAUGGGAGACUUGGUAACAAGCAGUGAGCAAGUACGCAAUGGUUCAUAUGCUCCGCGAGAGCUCGAACGGGAGCACUCCGCAUCCACCAUGCACAGCACAUCCAGUUAUAGCAAUGAUUCAAGCGCGAGCUCAUUGUUACGGCCACCGAAUGGACAAGCUUGGCCGAUGAGGGAGUCUGACAUCGCUGAGGGCAUGACGAGCGUCGAGGAGAUCGUGGAGGAGGGAGAACACAGAAUGGAGCGGGAGCCAAAACCGCCUACUUGGGGCUCGCUUGAUGAUUUGAUCCAGAAACUAUUAUACGUCACAGUCUCUGGCGACGAUCCUAUCUUUAUAUCUCAUUUCCUUCUCGUGUAUCGACGAUUCUCCGGUCCCCGCCCUCUUCUCUUGGCAAUGCAAAAACGUCUUCGCGAGCUCGAUGCCUCAGACAUUAGUGAUGACAUGUUAGCUGAUUUUGCCCAAAUGAGAAUCUGCCAUUUGCUCGACAUGUGGAUACGAGACUACCCGCACGAUUUCGCCGUGCGAGGCACGUACGGCGCACUUUCUGCCCUGGUGAAGUCAAUCUUGAUGAAGACACAACUGUUGCAUUACGGAUCCGACUUUUUGCCAUUCCUGGAGUUACUGCCGAAUCUGUCUGAUAAGGACGCCUCCUGGGCUAUGAAGGUCGACCAUCCUGCAGAUGAGAGCGACGAGAGUUACACAGAUGAAGAAGACCUCGCACCCGCCCAAGAACCCGACGUUGGUUCAUCCCAAUCAGACAGUUCGGCGUCAUUCCAUUCUUUCCCAGAAGCAAGGUCUCCUGAUGCAACAUCCGCGGCCAUCCGUGAGCGGAAGUCGAGCCUGCCACUGAGCAGCUACCGGGAUUCAAGUCAUGCCACGACUUCUCCUGUGAACUCGCGCCGAGUAGACCCAGAGGCCCAGUUAGCCUCGCGCCGUUAUGUCAUGAGGGAGCUACAGAGAAUCGGUCAGGAAGUAGCGCUUCUUGACCCUACGUACAUUGCACGGGAGAUCACCCUCACUCAAGUAGACCUAUUUUUACAAAUUGAGCCCCGGCACUGGCUAUUUCAUACAUUCGUUAGCGGCAAGAAGGACUCCGAGCCGUCGGGUUCCGUAGCAAGGCUCAAUCGUUGGACCGAUGUGCUAGGAAGCUGGGUUGAAUCCCUCGUCCUCUCUCAUGACAAACCAAAGGCUCGGGCGAAGCAGAUUGAGAAGUUCGUGGAUGUAGCUGAACAACUAGUUGCGAUGCAGAACUUCGGGGGCCUUCGUGGAGUAGUAUCGGGCAUCAACGGGGCGAUAACAGGGAACAGUUCGCUACUGGAACUCCUUACGCAGAAGUUCGAGGGAAAGUUCGAGUUGCUGCAAUCCUACAGCAUGCUACUCGCCAGCUCGCGGGGUCACAGGGCAUACCGUUUAGCACUCCGGUCUUCAAAGGGAGCCGUCAUCCCCGCCUGCGAGAUACACAUAUCCGAUCUUCUACGAUCUCAUGAGGGCAAUCCGGAUGUGAGCCCAGUGGAUCCGACAAAGAUUCACUGGGGUAAAUGGAAUUUGAUGGCGAAGUUCAUCGAUACCAUCACGGACUGCCAACGCCGUUGUCGGACAUCGCCUGAAUAUGAACAUCUGGCCUCGGAGCACAGAAAAGAAAGGGAGCUGGCAAAAGAAAAAGGGAUAGAUAAGGACGAAUCUAUCAGCAAAUACUGGCGGAAAGAGUAUGUGAUGGAUGAUGAGUUGAAGAAUAAUCGCAGAGAACAGCCGAUUGGUCACUCGGAGGAACGCCCCCCAGUAUUUCGUGCAAGCUCCAAGGACCGCGUUCUUCAAGCCAAAGACUUGUACCGGCGUCGCAAAUUGGUUUUUUGGUGA